AAACCCGUCCCAGCUCUAAUCACAUAUCAUUGUAUUCCUGACGCCUUCGCAUGCGAGUCACGUUUUCCGAUUUGCUGUAAGAGCAGGCAGAAUAAUCUACACACAUUUACUACAACUUUUUAACCUGGGAAAGAAUACUGCUGACUUUAUGUUCAGUGCUUACUGAUGUAUCGAAACAAGUGAUUCGGCAGACACUUGCGUACCGCGAUAUUGAAAUCGCUGAUUUCCGGGUAGGAAGGACUAAGAUAUGAUCAAGCUGGAAACAUGAGCGUGGAAUUAUACGAGUUAAAACUACCCAUCAACAAUAACGACGAAGUCGAAAGAAUGACUGAGCCAUACCCAGGAAAUGGGAGCUGCUCAAACCACAACAUACCAAAUGCCACUGAAGAGAGCCAGCUACUGUCAGAUAUACAGGUUCUUGAGAGCAAUGGAGCACACCACAUUGUGGAAAAUAUCCCAAAAGUCCUGUCGGGGCAAAGUUCUAAUACGCCUGGGACACUUAACAGAUUGAAAACGGAGCUGAAUGAAUCGGUCUGUCGGAACCUUAAAGUGUGGAUGCUCCUUCUUAUCGGCUUCAGUUUAAUCAUUCUUGUCAUCUUUCUCCCCAUUUAUUUCUGCGCAGUUAAUCAAGAGGACAUGGAUGACAAGUACAGUGUUACAGAAUUUGUGGUGCCACGCUUCUUUAAUGGAAAUUUUACACUACUCAACAAGAAUGUAACGCUAGAUGAACAAUCGCAGUCCAAUCUUACACAAAUGCUGACUCACAUCUACAGAUCCUCAUAUGCCCUGGGCCGAUACUUCUCCAUAGCCAAAGUAAAUGCACUGAGAAGCAGCAGUUCUAGUGUUGAGUAUAAGUUGACAUUCAAGAUGCCGGAAGAACACAAACAGAUAAUACGAUACACUCUGAGCAAAGAGAUGGUGUAUCAUGUGCUUCUGCAACAGCUAUAUGACCAAGAUGCUGGAGACUCACUUUACAUUGAGCCGACUUCACUCACCAUGGAAGUUGGGAGUUAAAUGAGCUGCGUUACAGCCACAGUCAUGAUGUGCAAAUUUGUACAUACUCCUGUAUAUGAUGACUACAUGACACCCUCUGGUAUGGUCAUGAAAUUCUGCAUACUGGAUCCACUGUUUUAAGAUAUUUUAUUACAUUAUUGGUUCUCAUUAACACUUCAUUGUUAAUGAUAACAUUUUCCUCAAACAGGUUCAGGGAUUCAAAGAAGUGUUUUUUGUCAGGUUUUUAAAUAGGAAGCCUAUAGCAAGUUUAUGUUUAACGUUUUGUCAUUUUCCUGCUCCUGGUCCUAACACACUUCGCUGCACUUUUGAUAUGGUCAGGAGCUCUUAUCAGACAUGUAUUGUGUUUAUCUAUUGGGUGUGGUGCUCUGCAUCUGAAGUCAAGUAAUGUUUCCAUCUGGUUCUAUUCCAUGAGAAUGUUUUGACGAGUCUCGAGUUUUAUCUCCAGUAAGAAAAUAUCGCUUUAAUAUAUUAUGGUGGUAUCUUUUUGAAUACUAAAUAUGAAUUCACUUUAUAUAUUUUUAUGUAUAUAAUUUAGUUUUCAUAUCUGUAUUUUUUUUUUUUUUUUACCAAGUGUUUGUAAGAGUCACAAGGUGGUGCUGUUGCUUCAAACGAUAUCAUGUCAGUUUCAAACGAUAUCAUGUCAAAUAGCAAAAACGUUUGCUAUUUCCCGUUGUCCCUGUGGAUGCUUUAAUUAUUUAUUAUAUAUCGUAAUAAUUUGGUUAAUGUGUUUGGACUUUUUUUUUUUGGUAAUUCAUGAUCUUGUUUUUCUUUUGCAAUAUUGUGAGCAAAUGCCAAUUAAUCAGUUUUGGAUGAAUUUUGUAUCUUUGAAAAAAUAAACAGAAGUAAAUAUUUUAAGAGCA